AUGAAGUUGGAGGAGUUUGAAUCAAACUUGAUCCACUUCUUCCCUUUUAAGUUUGACUCUUCAACAUCAUCAGUCAAAGUCGUUGCCAGGAAUGUUUAUUUUGAUCACGACCAAGGUGCAACAAAUGAAUCAUUCAUUGCUUUGAUCAAAGAAACAACAGGGCUACAGAUAGAUGACGUAAAGAUAGAUGGGCCAAACACUUCCAACAACAACAACAACAACGUCGAGAUAUCGGAGUCAACAGAGGUAGUUGGCAACUCACCAUCAAUCAGUCCAGACACAGGGUCUGUGCACUUCAGCUUGCCAGCGCAUCACUAUGGCCGACUUGUUGACACGCCAAUCCUUCUCAAGGAUCGACAGAUCGUAUUUGAAAAGGUGUCUGGAGGACUGUCUACACUUGUCCUACAAGGCCUGCCACCGGGCAUCGACUUCAAGACAGUACAAUCUGUCUUUGAGGGCUCUAUUGAUGUCGUGUUGGACAACCCCUCAUGCUUCAAGAGGAUCAGUGAUACGGUGGUCGAGAUCGAGUUACCUUAUGAGCAGUAUGAGGUGAGCUUGAGCGAGGGCUCGGUCAAGGUCAAAGGCACAAUGGUCAAGAUAAUGGAGAAACAAACCAACUUGUUGCUCAUUGCCAUGAAUGACCCUUUGUUAGAGCCGCAGUCACUAUCCAAUAUCUUUAUGGAAUCCCACUCUGUCGGGGUCGACCCUGGAGACAUUCGCUUGUCAGAUGACAAGAAGGUGGCCAUGGCACAGUUUGACAAGGUUACUCAGGCCGAGUUUGACAGUCUGCUCAAGAGCAUCAAGGAUGAUCAGCACAUCCUGAGGAUCAAGAGGAAGAGUGCCCUUUGUAUCCACAACCGACCCAACGAACACAUCAUCAGGUAUACAUUGAGCAGGAAUGAGUUCAACUCGCAUGAGCUCCAUAUGGUGUUGGCGCAAACCAUUCAGCGCACCAUGUCCGUCAACAACAACAACAACAACAACAACAAUGAGUACUCAACACACAUACUUCAAGUAUACCAGUUCCCAGAAGGAAUGAGUGGCUUCAUCACACUGAGCUCCAGAGAGCUUAAGGACAGUCUGUUGAACAUCAAGCAGCUUGAGCUAGACAGGCUACAGGAGCAGAUGCAUCAGCCUCAGCCUCAGCCACAGCCACAGUCAAUGCCCAGGACCCCUCAGAUGGCCCCUCCAACCAAUCAAUCAUUUAGCCAGCCUGGUACACCAAUGCGUAUGCACUCCAAUGAUAUAGCAUGGCAUCCAGAGAAUGAAGAGAUGAUAUUUUAUGGUAGAGGUGGCAACCUCCAUGAUACUAGUCUGUCCUCAAGUGGAUACUCUGCCCCUUCUCAAGUCAAUGUGCCCAUCUCAAUGUCUACAUCGUCCACAUCAGUGUCGACCACGACUGGUAGCCCUGUGUUGUCCACUUCAUCGACGGGCAUCACGAACAACAACAACAACUGCAAGGAGCCACAGCCACAGCCACGCACCAAGUUUGUGGUGGCUUCCAAUGCACCGAAAUGGUUGAAGCAUGAUGAGUUGGCCGCCACCCUUAGGAAGGCCAAUUACAAGGUCCUGUUCAUCACAAUACGAUCAAAGUUUGCCUAUGUAGAGUUGGACAAGGAAUCACACGCCAAGCUAUUGGCACAGAAGACGCUGACUAUUCAGCAAGGCAAGAUAGUUGAGUUUACAGACUACACUAAGGAGAUACCAUAUUAUUAUGUGUAUCUCUAUCCUGACCCUAGCAGACAUCACAACUGGGUCGUGCUCAAUCUCUUGAGGAAGGUUUCUCCAAUGAUUGGAGUGCUCCAGGGUGCCCCGCAUGAUCAUUUGCAGGUGCCCGUGCCCACGGAUGAUGAGAGGAAGCUGCUUCUCGACCGCAAGUUGAUGACUGCUAAGGACAAGACCUUUGUGGAGGACAAGUCCAAGAAUCAUCGUGGCAAGAUCAUCUCUAGCUUUUGGCUAUUCGAUGCCGCGCAGCCCAGGAAGAUGGAGCACCGUGUCACUCAUAUCUCCGACACGACCAACAUGUACUUGGAGAAGGUGAACGUUCUACACUUCAUCAUCAAGGAGCAUAGUGUCAUGGCUGUGUUGGUGAAGGAUGGCGCGUCCACCUCGGUCAAGUUGAGCAGUCCCCUCAAGAGUCUGGAGCCAGCCAACACAUACCUGAACAACAAGAUCAAAGAAGUGAAGGAGACGACUCUCCACUUGUCCUUCGAAUCGUUGCUCAUCAGAGGAAUGGUGCAUCACUUCUUAACUGCGUCCCUAAAGAGCAAGCCAAACAUAGUCUAUUCGAUCAAGGAGUCGAGCAAUAAGGACAAGCAUAUGAUACAGCCGGUUCUAUGUGGCCCUGAUUCCGAAGUCAAAGAGGUCUUGGCCGCUCUCCAUGAUAUUGAACAUCGAGUGCGCCCGCUGCCCCAGGUCUCCUUAAUACCCGAUGCGGUCGAGAAUGAGUUUUCUAUCAAGGCCGCCAUCGAAGGCUCCAACAUCAUAUUCUGUGGCCCCAAAGCAAAGGUCAAGAACUUUGAGAACCACUUAGAGUCUAGCGGUGACAAGCGUAUGGAGAUACCCAUGUCCAAGGGCGUGCAGUUCUUCUUUAAGAAGUUUGUCAAGCAGGACAUUGAACACCGUAUCAAGAUCACCGAGUCCAAGAACGGUUUGUUCUUGGUGGGCGACGACAAGGAUUUACAGGAGGCCAAGCGCAUGCUAGACCAUCUUACCAAGUCGGUGGAGAUGAUCAGCUUCACCAAGACAUUCUCGGAGGUCGUGAAGAUGGAGCUGACCAACUGGUAUCAGGCCUACUUCAAGGACGAGCCAAUCUUUUGCCACUUCAUGAGGUCCAAGUCCAACCCCACCAAGCGCCAGACCAAGUCAUCGUGGAGUGGAAGCGAGGACGAGGAGUCGAGCGUGGAUGAAAGCGAGUUAGACUCAUCAUCUGAUGAUGAGUUCAUACCAGCAUUUGAUGAGAAGCUCGUCAUACUAGACUUGGAGUUCUACAUUCAUCGUGAGCGCAGCUAUCAAGCACUCAAGGACAAGGUGGAGAAGUUGGAGAGACAAAAGGAAGGCAGGGCAGUGGAAAUCAAGGACCUGUCACAAGACGAGAUACGCUACAUCAUGACCAGCUUUGAGAAGCAACGCGCUCGUCUGUUUAAGACCAAGAACUCCAUCUAUGUUCAAGGACUGUGGGAGCAGGACGUCAAGAAGCUGCUCAGCGACAUCCAAAUCAAGAGGGAGUCGUUCGUCACGAUGGACCAGACGGCGACUCUCCAGGAGUGGCAGCACAUGUACCUGGCAGUCGAAGCGAGGAAGGAUGAGAUGCAGACUAGGUUCGGCGUCAAGCUAAGCUCGGAUAACCUCAAACCAUGCUUCAUCAUCAAGGGCAAGCCAAAGGAUGUGAUGACGGCCAAGAAGCAUAUCAACGAGCUUAUCAAGGAUCUCAAGGGCCAGGAAUUCGAGUUGCCCUUGCGCAUGGCCAAGAACCUUGAUGAGACCAUCGAGCUGAGGAGGAAGCUGACUGAAGCCUUUGAGGUUAUGAUGUAUCACGUGCCCAAUCAGUCACGAAUCAAUGUGAUAGGUUCGUCGAAGCUCAACUGGAACGACGUGGCCAACUUUAUCAACAAGCUCAAACAUGUUGAAGCCUUGUGGCCACCAGAAGACAAACCCGCUCUCAAGGAAGACUUCAAGCCGCAUUCAAGCUUCGUGGUGGACAUGAACCUGCUCUCAUUCAAACAUGAUAGCAACAGCUCCCGUUUCCGACUGACUGCCAAGACACAGGAGGACAUUGACGGCGCAAUCAAAGCACUGGAUGAGCUUGUCAAGGAUGCUGAGAUGACAUCAAUCAAGAUCGAGCUCAAGCCUGAGUUCAUCUCAAUCCUUGUCAAGUACGAUCCAGAUGGAGAGCUGAAAGAACUGUUUGGCAAACAUCAAGACGUCAAGUUUGAGAAGUAUGAGUCAGCGCUCUACGUCCAACUCAUGGGCAAGAAGAAGGCGGUCGAUGCCGCCCACAAGGAUACAGUGGCGUGGGUCAAGGCCAAGACUUCCGCGUUGGCAACUCGCCAACACCCACUACCAAGGGUCAUUGCCAAUGAGGUGCUCAAGUCUGGCUUCGUCAAGUCAUUCUUUGGUGCCAACAAGGUGCUACUGCAGCCUGACGUCCGCACCAACAAGACCAUGCUCUCGGUUACUUACGGAGGCGUGACCAUCGAGGUCAACAAGGGCGACAUACUCUUGGAGCACUCUGAAGCCAUCGUCAACGCUGCCAACAAUGAGCUUCAACAUCACGGUGGCAUUGCGAGGCAUAUUGCCGACGCCGCUGGCUUGGACUUUGAAGUUAAAUGUCGCGAUCUAGUCCACAGCAAGGGCAAGGUCAAGACUGGCAGCGCUAUGUCCACCCCCUCCGGCAAGCUGUACUUCAAGGCCAUUAUCCAUGCAGUGGCUCCCAUUUGGAGCUCAUCUAACCAGGCUCACUGCAAGCUUCUUCUUAGGUCUGCUGUGAUAGCGUCACUCUGGGAGGCAGUCGACAUUGGGUGCACGAGUGUCUCGUUGCCAGCCAUUGGUUCCGGAAUCUUUGGCAUACCCUAUGAGGUAUGUGCCACCAUCACCAUUCAGGCCAUCUAUGACUUUAUCGACAAGAACAACAAGACACCCUUGAAGUCAAUCAAAGUAUGUGACAACAAUGAUGACAAGGUUCUGCUCUUCAGCAAUGAGCUUCAGUCCAAGUCGUCCCCACUUGGUCGGUCUCUAUUCACUGGUCCACAGUCCACUGCGACCACUCUGCUGCGCGAGUUGGCCAACAACAACUUCGACGACAGCAAUGAGCCUUUCAAAGUGGCAUACCAGUGGAAGUGGCAAGAGAAUGAUGGAUCGUACGUCAAGUUUGAUGUGGACCAGAACUAUCAGAUUGAGUACGCCUACUUGAAGGGUGACAAGAAGCUGGAGGUGCAGGGCGACUUGGAGAUGCAGAAGAAUGGCCAACGCUAUGAGAUCGACUUGGUCAACAAGACCGAGCUCAACACCCACUUUAAGAAGAAUGCUCGUUCAAUCAUUCGAGAGAGGAUGCUGUUGGAGUCUGCUGCAGGCGCCAAGCAGUCGACGUGGUACUACCGCGACGAACGAUCAGGUCGUACAGUCUCCAUCCCCGACCCCACCAACCAGAUAGACCUUGCACAGCAGCGACAGCAACAUCUCAAGAUCGGCAACUACAAGGUGAUGUUCCCAACCUCCACUGUGGAGGUCUACACCGGUGUGCUCAGGACUGGUACAUACCCUUUGAUCAACAGCUAUCAAGAGCAGUUUGAUCGACAUCUCGAGUCUGUGAACAAGCCCAAGCACUCGGACAUCUCGGCUGACGACCUCGAGCAGGACCAGCCAGAGGAGGAGAGUCAGAAGGUCAACAUCAGAAUCACCGCACUCACCCAGGAGAGGCUACAAACAGCCAUCAUCACACUUGAGAAGACCAUCAAGGACACCCUGUACGAGGACCGACUGGUCCAGAUCACGGUCGAGGAGUACAAGAAACGUGACCUCAAGACUGUGUUGGACAAGGUGGCCAAGCAGCAUGGCUGUGAGAUCAAGGCUACAAAGGAUGCGAUCAGAUUGAUCGGACCAAAGGAGAGCGCAUCUGCCGCCGAGAUCAAGAUGAUGAGACUGCUCCUCAUCUCGUCCAAAGACACCAUCAGCUAUCCUUGGGAGAAGUACCUUCAACAGGAGCAAACGGCCAACUGUGUGAUAACACAACUCGAUCCACAGUCGGCCGAGUACCAAGCCAUCUUGCAGAGGGUGCACCAGUCCAUACCAACGAUCGUCAUGGUCAAGAUUGAGAGGAUACAGAACAAACAUUUGUGGGAAAGGUACGCCACACGCAAGCAGCAGAUCCUCAAGAAGAUGAACGUCAAUGUCAACAACAGCAACAACUCAUCGACCGAUCUGGCAUCAACGGAGAUGAUGCUGUUCCACGGUACCAGAGCCAACAGCCCAACUUUGAUUUACAAUGACGAGGAUGGCUUCGAUACCAGGUUCAGCAACCAAGGCAUGUGGGGUGUGGCCACCUACUUUGCCGACAAGGCGUCAUACUCCCUCACCUACAGCUCAGUAUUGCCAAGUCGACAUCGCCAGAUGUUCUAUGCCCGCACGAUGCUUGGUGACUGCACACACAUCAUGCCCAAUCGUGCAUUCACGAAGCCGCCACAAAAGCCAGACAACCAAAAAGGCUACACUGAGUACUAUGACAGCAUCAGUGGCGAGACCGGAGGUAGCAAAGUGUACAUGGUCUACGAGAACAACAGGGCGUAUCCAGAGUAUCUCCUCACCUACAACUAA